AUGGGGGAUACGCCGGAGAGAUUGGGAUCGGAGACGCCCAUGGUCGGUAUGGAGACGAGCUUGAAGGACGGGCUCUGCAUGGAGAUCGACCCUUCUUUCCGGGAGAACGUUGCCACGGCGGAGGACUGGCGCAAGGCCCUCGAUAAGGUGGUCCCGGCCGUGGUGGUGCUGAGGACAACGGCAUGCCGUGCAUUUGACACGGAGUCCGCCGGCGCAAGCUACGCCACGGGGUUCAUUGUCGACAAGCGCCGGGGGAUCAUCCUCACCAAUCGCCAUGUUGUCAAGUCUGGACCUGUAGUUGCAGAGGCCAUGUUUCUCAACAGGGAAGAAGUUCCUAUAUAUCCGAUAUACAGAGAUCCAGUUCAUGAUUUUGGCUUCUUUCGCUAUGAUCCUGGUGCGGUUCAGUUUCUCAACUAUGAGGAGAUUCCCCUAGCUCCUGAUGCUGCUUGUGUUGGACUUGAAAUUAGGGUUGUUGGAAAUGACAGUGGCGAGAAGGUUUCAAUUUUGGCUGGUACACUUGCUCGUUUGGAUAGAGAUGCUCCUCAUUAUAAAAAGGAUGGAUAUAAUGAUUUCAACACUUUCUACAUGCAAGCAGCAUCUGGAACUAAAGGAGGUUCAAGUGGCUCUCCAGUAAUUGAUUGGCAAGGGAGGGCUGUGGCUUUGAAUGCUGGGAGCAAGUCUUCAAGUGCUUCAGCUUUUUUCUUACCUUUAGAACGGGUUGUUAGAGCUCUACAACUUCUUCAAAAGGGCAGGGAUACAUACACAAACAAAUGGGAGGCAGUUUCUAUACCACGUGGUACGCUUCAGGUAACAUUUGUACACAAGGGGUUUGACGAAACACGUCGCCUUGGUCUCAGAAAUGAUACUGAGCAGAUGGUCAGGGUUGCGUCUCCAACCAGUGAAACUGGAAUGCUAGUUGUUGACUCUGCGGUCCCAGGCGGGCCAGCUCAUACACAUUUGGAACCAGGAGAUAUGCUUGUUCGUGUCAAUGGGGAAGUCAUGACCCAAUUUCUUAAACUCGAGACGCUUCUGGAUGACAGUGUUGGCAAGGUGAUUGAAUUGCAGAUAGAAAGAGGUGGCACAUCUUUGACUGUAAACAUAGUGGUUCAGGAUCUACACUCGAUAACUCCAGACUACUUCUUAGAAGUAAGUGGGGCAGUGAUACACCCUCUGUCUUACCAGCAGGCUAGGAACUUCCGUUUCCACUGUGGUUUGGUGUAUGUUGCAGAGCCUGGUUAUAUGUUAUUUCGAGCUGGAAUUCCUCGUCAUGCCAUAAUUAAGAAGUUUGCUGGGGAGGAAAUAUCACGACUUGAUGAACUGAUUGCUGUCCUAAAUAAGCUAUCAAGAGGUGCCCGGGUGCCCUUAGAAUACAUUAGCCACACAGAUCGUCAUCGAAGGAAGUCAGUCUUGGUUACAGUUGAUCGCCAUGAAUGGUAUGCCUCUCCACAAAUAUACACUCGUGAUGAUAGCUCAGGGCUGUGGAUAGCAAAGCCUGCCAUUCUUCCUGAGGCCUCAGGGCCAUCAACUGGUGUUAGCAGCAAUAUACAACCUUUAGCAAGUGAAACUGUUUCAUCAAUUGCUGAUACAACUCAUGCGAAGAAGACUAAUCAAGAUGACGAACUGGAGUCAACAAACGGUGUCACUGUUAUGGACACGUGUCAUGAGCAUUCUCGGAAUGAACCUGAUAUCACAAUAAAGAAACGUCGCCUAUCAGAUCCUUCUGCAAAUGGAAUUGCUGCUUCUGCUGCUUCCUUGCAUGAAUCUGAGGAUCUGAAGAUGGAGGAUUCAGAUACCCAUGGAAAUGAAAUUUCAAGUGACUAUCAAGACACUACUGCAGUGGCAUCUGCAGCUAACGCUUCAUUUGCAGAAAGCGUGAUAGAACCUACACUUGUGAUGUUUGAGGUUCAUGUUCCGCAAUCAGUCAUGCUUGAUGGUGUCCAUGCACAACAUUUUUUUGGGACUGGUGUCAUUGUUUACCAUUCACAGGACAUGGGUUUGGCUUUAGUAGACAAGAACACAGUUGCAAUAUCUGCAUCUGAUGUGAUGCUGUCAUUUGCUGCUUUUCCCAUCGAAAUUCCAGGGGAGGUUGUAUUUCUCCAUCCCGUUCACAAUUAUGCUCUUGUUGCAUAUGACCCUUCAGCGUUGGGAGCUGUUGGUGCAUCAACUGUCCGUGCUGCUGAGUUGCUCCCCGAUCCUGCACUUCGUCGUGGCGAUUCAGUUUAUCUUGUUGGAUUAAGCAGAAGUCUACAGACAACGUCAAGGAAAUCAAUUGUUACAAAUCCUUGUGCUGCUUUAAACAUCGGCUCAGCUGAUUGUCCUCGUUACAGAGCAACAAAUAUGGAAGUCAUUGAACUUGAUACAGACUUUGGUAGUUCAUUUUCGGGUGUGCUAACUAAUGAGCGCGGAAAGGUUCAAGCUAUUUGGGCAAGCUUUUCUACUCAGUUGAAAUACGGCUGCAAUUCAUCUGAAGAUCAUCAAUUUGUGAGAGGAAUCCCGAGUUAUGCAGUCAGUGAAGUCCUUGAAAAAAUCGUAUCUGGUGCCAAUGGGCCACCCCUUCUCAUUAAUGGCAUUAGAAGGCCAAUGCCACUUCUCAGGAUUCUAGAGGUUGAGCUAUAUCCAACUUUGCUAUCAAAAGCACGAAGUUUUGGUCUGAGCGACAAUUGGGUACAAGCUCUUGUGAAAAAGGAUCCGGUUAGAAGGCAAGUUCUGCGUGUUAAAGGUUGUUUGGCGGGAUCAAAAGCUGAAAACAUACUUGAACAAGGAGACAUGGUUUUAGCUGUAAAUAAAGAGCCCGUGACAUGCUUUCGAGACAUAGAAAAAGCUUGCCAAGCCUUGGACAAAAGUGAGGACACUGAUGGCAAACUCAAACUCACUAUUUUCCGACAAGGUCAUGAAAUUGAUGUUCUGGUGGGAACUGAUGUUAGGGAUGGCAAUGGAACAACUCGUGCAGUAAAUUGGUGUGGAUGCAUUAUUCAGGAUCCACAUCCUGCAGUUCGUGCUCUCGGAUUUCUGCCAGAAGAAGGUCACGGUGUUUAUGUCGCAAGGUGGUCUCAUGGGAGUCCUGUACACAGAUAUGGACUGUAUGCUCUUCAAUGGAUUGUUGAAGUUAACGGAAAACCAACCCCUAGUUUGGAGACCUUCAUAAACGUGGUAAAGGAACUCGGACAUGCAGAGUUUGUGAGGGUAAAAACAGUUCACCUGAACGGGAAGCCACGCGUUAUGACACUGAAGCAAGAUCUUCACUACUGGCCUACGUGGGGCCUGCGAUUCGACCCGGAUACCUCAAUGUGGCGACGAGAGAUCAUUAAGGCUCUGGAUUGCAGUUUCAUCCGAGCUAGCUAG